UUUCAGGUGAGAAGCACAGAUGAAGUUUUGAAUAAUCUGUCCGUUGAAGUUCAUCAAAACACAAGUAUUACACAUUGUUUAAGAUGUUUCUUUUCCACCGAAACAAUAAGUGCCGAAAACAAAGUUCAGUGUGAGAACUGUUGCUCCCUCCAAGAACAUCAGAAACGCACAAGAGUAAAGAAGUUGCCAACCAUCCUUGUAUUACAUCUGAAAAGGUUCCAGUUUUUGGGGCAGUACAACCGCACACUCAAACUCUCACACAGAGUUGUAUUUCCUCUUGAGCUACGUCUUUUUGAUACAAGUUCAGAUGCUGUGAAUCCUGAUCGUUUGUAUGAUUUGGCUGCUGUAGUAGUACACUGUGGGACUGGUAUUAACAGAGGGCACUACAUAGCAAUAGUUAAAUCUCAUAGAUUUUGGCUGUUGUUUGAUGAUGAUGCAGUAGAUAAAAUUGAUGCAUCUCUUAUGGAAGAAUUUUAUGGUUUAACCUCAGAGAUUCAGAAAUCUUCUGAAACAGGAUACAUCCUGUUUUACCAAGCUCGUGAUCCCACGUAACGAGUGAAGUAACCUAAAGAGCAUAUCCGUCUCCCCAUUUUCCCGGUUCCAGUGGAUAAGGCUGACAGUUCUGUUAGCCAAGCCAGUUGCAGACUGAAUUAAGUAGAGAGGCUCCUCUAAUCUGUUAAACAAGGAUUCAGUCUAGUUGUGUAUUUAAUGUAUUUAUAGAGUUGAGUUUUAUUAUAGAUUAAAUGCACGAAAUGUAUAUUUGUAUCAGAUUUGAAUAGUCAUAACAUAUGUUAUUGUACUGUAAUAUUGAGAAGGCAACAUGUAAAUAAGAGUUUAUAAAAGAUUCUUUAAAUUAUUAUACAGGCUGGGAAGUUAAAUUAUAAUCUGGCCAUCCUUUAAUAAUGUUUAUUUUACCAGUGAUUUGAUUUAGGAUUAUUUCUGUAAAUUUAGUUCAUUCCUCUUUACAUCUAGACCUACUCAUGACAUGGAUCAUAAAGUGCUAGUAGUACUCUCCAGGGUUGAGAAGUAUACAAUACCAUGAGAAAAGUACAAGAAGAGGAAGACUUCUAUUGGGACAUUUCGUAAUGUAGAUCUUAUUAAUACAUUACCGUGAGAUAAAUAAAAGACUUUUGUA